CUUUCAGCCGUGCCCCAAUUCCGAUGGCUGUGGUCCGCAGAGAGCUCUCCUGUGAGAGCUACCCCAUAGAGCUCCGCUGUCCAGGAACGGAUGUCAUCAUGAUAGAAAGUGCCAACUAUGGGAGGACUGAUGACAAAAUUUGUGACUCUGACCCUGCUCAGAUGGAGAAUAUCCGAUGCUACCUGCCAGAUGCCUAUAAGAUUAUGUCUCAAAGGUGCAAUAACAGAACGCAGUGUGCAGUGGUGGCAGGUCCUGAUGUUUUUCCAGACCCGUGUCCAGGAACCUAUAAAUACCUUGAAGUGCAGUAUGAAUGUGUCCCUUACAAAGUGGAACAAAAAGUUUUUCUUUGUCCUGGACUACUAAAAGGAGUAUACCAGAGUGAACAUUUGUUUGAAUCUGACCACCAGUCUGGGGCAUGGUGCAAAGACCCUCUACAGGCUUCUGACAAGAUUUACUAUAUGCCCUGGACUCCCUACAGAACCGAUACCCUGACUGAGUACUCAUCCAAGGAUGACUUCAUUGCUGGAAGGCCAACUACAACCUACAAGCUUCCUCACAGGGUGGAUGGCACAGGAUUUGUAGUGUAUGAUGGAGCUUUGUUUUUCAACAAAGAGCGCACCAGGAACAUAGUAAAAUUUGAUUUGCGGACUAGGAUAAAGAGUGGAGAGGCGAUCAUAGCAAAUGCCAAUUACCAUGAUACCUCCCCUUACCGAUGGGGAGGCAAAUCUGACAUAGACCUGGCAGUGGAUGAAAAUGGGCUCUGGGUAAUCUAUGCAACAGAACAAAAUAAUGGUAAAAUUGUCAUUAGUCAAUUGAACCCUUACACCCUACGGAUUGAAGGGACAUGGGAUACUGCAUAUGAUAAAAGAUCAGCUUCCAAUGCAUUUAUGAUUUGCGGGAUUCUGUAUGUGGUCAAAUCUGUAUAUGAGGAUGACGACAAUGAGGCCACUGGGAAUAAGAUUGACUACAUUUACAACACCGACCAAAGUAAGGAUAGUUUGGUGGAUGUACCCUUUCCCAAUUCAUACCAGUACAUAGCAGCUGUGGAUUACAACCCCAGGGACAACCUUCUUUACGUAUGGAAUAACUAUCAUGUCGUGAAAUACUCUUUGGAUUUUGGACCUCUGGAUAGUAGAUCAGGGCAGGCACAUCAUGGACAGGUGUCCUACAUCUCUCCACCUAUUCACCUUGACUCUGAGCUAGAAAGACCCCCUGUUAGAGAAAUCUCUACCACAGGACCUCUUGGCAUGGGAAGCACCACCACCAGCACCACCCUACGGACCACAGCAUGGAGCCCAGGAAGGAGUACCACCCCAUCAGUGUCAGGAAGACGAAACCGGAGCACCAGCACCCCGUCUCCAGCUGUGGAGGUGCUUGAUGACAUGACCACACAUCUGCCAUCGGCAUCAUCCCAAAUCCCAGCUCUGGAGGAGAGCUGUGAAGCUGUGGAAGCCCGAGAAAUCAUGUGGUUUAAGACCCGUCAAGGACAGAUGGCCAAGCAGCCGUGCCCUGUGGGAACAAUCGGAGUAUCAACUUAUCUCUGUCUGGCUCCUGAUGGAAUCUGGGAUCCCCAAGGACCGGAUCUUAGCAAUUGUUCUUCUCCUUGGGUCAACCAUAUAACACAAAAGUUGAAAUCUGGAGAGACAGCUGCCAACAUUGCUAGAGAGCUGGCUGAACAAACAAGAAAUCAUCUGAAUGCCGGAGACAUCACCUACUCAGUCCGCGCCAUGGACCAGCUGGUAGGCCUCCUAGAUGUACAACUCCGGAACUUGACCCCAGGUGGAAAAGAUAGUGCUGCACGGAGUUUGAACAAGCUUCAGAAAAGAGAGCGCUCUUGCAGAGCCUAUGUCCAGGCAAUGGUCGAGACAGUUAACAACCUCCUCCAGCCACAAGCCUCAAAUGCGUGGAGAGACCUGACUACAAGCGAUCAACUACGGGCAGCGACCAUGUUGCUUGACACUGUGGAGGAAAGUGCUUUUGUGCUGGCUGAUAACCUUUUGAAGACUGACAUUGUCAGGGAGAACACAGACAAUAUUCAAUUGGAAGUUGCAAGGCUGAGCACAGAAGGAAACUUAGAAGACCUAAAAUUUCCGGAAAACAUGGGUCACGGAAGCACUAUCCAGCUUUCCGCAAAUACUUUAAAACAAAAUGGUCGAAACGGAGAGAUCAGAGUGGCCUUUGUCUUAUACAACAACUUGGGUCCUUAUUUGUCCACGGAGAAUGCCAGCAUGAAGUUGGGAACAGAGGCUAUGUCCACCAAUCAUUCUGUUAUCGUCAAUUCCCCUGUUAUUACAGCAGCAAUAAACAAAGAGUUCAGCAAUAAGGUUUAUUUAGCUGAUCCUGUGGUGUUCACUGUUAAACAUAUUAAGCAGUCCGAGGAGAAUUUCAACCCUAACUGUUCAUUUUGGAGCUAUUCCAAACGCACAAUGACAGGUUAUUGGUCAACACAAGGCUGCCGGCUCCUGACAACAAAUAAGACACACACUACAUGCUCCUGUAAUCACCUAACCAAUUUUGCAGUACUGAUGGCACAUGUGGAAGUUAAGCACAGUGAUGCAGUCCAUGACCUUCUUCUGGAUGUGAUCACGUGGGUUGGAAUUUUGCUGUCGCUUGUUUGUCUCCUGAUUUGCAUCUUCACAUUUUGCUUUUUCCGCGGGCUCCAGAGUGACCGUAAUACCAUCCAUAAGAACCUCUGCAUCAGCCUUUUUGUAGCUGAACUGCUCUUCCUGAUCGGGAUCAACCGAACUGACCAACCAAUUGCUUGUGCCGUUUUCGCUGCCCUCUUACAUUUCUUCUUCCUGGCCGCCUUCACCUGGAUGUUCCUGGAGGGAGUGCAGCUCUACAUCAUGCUGGUGGAGGUUUUCGAGAGCGAGCAUUCCCGGAGGAAAUACUUCUACCUAGUGGGAUACGGGAUGCCCGCACUCAUCGUGGCUGUGUCAGCCGCGGUAGACUAUAGGAGUUACGGAACAGAUAAAGUAUGUUGGCUCCGACUUGAUACCUACUUCAUUUGGAGCUUUAUAGGACCAGCGACCUUGAUAAUUAUGCUUAAUGUAAUCUUCCUUGGGAUUGCUCUAUAUAAAAUGUUUCAUCAUACUGCCAUUCUGAAACCUGAAUCGGGCUGCCUUGAUAAUAUCAACUAUGAGGAUAACAGACCCUUCAUCAAGUCAUGGGUUAUAGGUGCAAUAGCCCUUCUCUGCCUAUUAGGAUUGACCUGGGCCUUUGGACUCAUGUAUAUUAAUGAAAGCACAGUCAUCAUGGCAUAUCUCUUCACCAUAUUCAAUUCUCUACAGGGAAUGUUUAUAUUCAUUUUCCAUUGUGUCCUACAAAAGAAGGUACGAAAAGAGUAUGGGAAAUGCCUGCGAACACAUUGUUGCAGUGGCAAAAGUACAGAGAGUUCCAUUGGCUCAGGGAAAACAUCUGGUUCUCGAGCUCCUGGACGCUACUCCACAGGCUCACAGAGCCGAAUUCGUAGAAUGUGGAAUGACACGGUCCGAAAGCAGUCAGAGUCUUCCUUCAUUACUGGAGAUAUAAACAGUUCAGCGUCACUCAACAGAGAGCCCUACAGAGAGACAAGUAUGGGAGUAAAGCUAAACAUUGCAUAUCAAAUAGGGGCUUCUGAACAAUGCCAGGGAUACAAGUGUCAUGGAUACUCUACCACUGAAUGGUAACCAUGGCAAUAGUUACAGCAUUGCCAGUGGUGAAUACCUGAGCAACUGUGUGCAAAUCAUAGACCGUGGCUAUAACCACAACGAGACCGCCCUAGAGAAAAAGAUUCUGAAGGAACUCACUUCCAACUAUAUCCCGUCUUACCUGAACAACCACGAGCGCUCCAGUGAACAGAACAGGAAUCUGAUGAACAAGCUGGUGAAUAACCUCGGCAGUGGGAGUGAAGAUGAUGCCAUUGUCCUGGAUGACGCCACCUCCUUUAACCAUGAGGAGAGUUUGGGCCUGGAACUCAUCCAUGAGGAAUCUGAUGCUCCUUUGCUUCCCCCAAGAGUCUACUCCGCGGAGAACCACCAGCCACACCAUUACACCAGAAGGCGGCUCCCCCAAGACCACAGUGAGAGCUUUUUCCCUUUGCUAACCAACGAGCACACAGAGGAUCUCCAGUCACCCCAUAGGGACUCUCUGUACACCAGCAUGCCGGCCCUGGCUGGUGUGCCUGCCACAGAGAGCGUUACCACCAGCACCCAGACGGAACCCCCACCGGCCAAAUGUGGUGAUGCCGAAGAUGUUUACUACAAAAGCAUGCCAAACCUAGGCUCCAGAAACCACGUCCAUCAGCUGCACACCUACUACCAGCUAGGACGUGGUAGCAGUGAUGGAUUUAUAGUUCCUCCAAACAAAGAUGGGACCCCUCCAGAGGGCAGUUCAAAAGGACCAGCUCAUUUGGUCACUAGUCUAUAGAAGAUGACACAGAAAUUUAAGCCAACAGAACUGCUAACAGCUGGUUGACUGUUCUGAGUUGAUAUAAGCAGGGGUAAUAAUGUGUGUACUCCUAAAUCUUUAUGCUGUUCUUGAGAGACAAACACAAACUUUCAGACUUUUUUUUUUUUUUAAACUGGCAUUUUUAG